ACGGCCAAACGCAAAUACUCUCAGAGUGAACCCAGGGUACGGACACACACGCACUGAACACACAGACAUCAUGUCUUCCAGUGGAGAAAAAAAGACUGCCUCCCAGACUGAUGGCAAGGCAGCCCAGACCAAAAAGUCAGAGAUGGGCAUGAUGUCCUAUAAGAUGUAUGUGUUCGACCAGGAGAACUUCCAGGGACGUAUGAUUGAGAUUAACGCUGAGUGCAUGAACGUUUGCGACAUGGGCAUGGACAGAGUUCGCUCACUACGUGUGGAAUGUGGCCCUUUUGUCGGCUUUGAGCAGAUGAACUUCUGUGGAGAGAUGUACAUCUUGGAGAAGGGCGAAUAUCCUCGUUGGGAUUCUUGGAGCAACUGCCAGAAGAAUGACUAUCUGCUGUCCUUCAGACCCGUCAGAAUGGACCCUGAGAAGCACAAGAUCUGCCUGUAUGAGGUUGGCGAGUACAAGGGCCGCAAGAUGGAGAUUAUGGAUGAUGAUGUUCCCAGCCUGUUCUCUUAUGGAUUCACCGACAGAGUUGGCAGCAUCAUGGUCAGCUGUGGAACCUGGGUGGGCUAUCAGUACCCCGGAUACCGUGGCAGCCAGUACCUGCUGGAGAAGGGCGAAUACAGACACUUUAAUGAGUACGGUGCUCGAUGCCCUCAGUUCCAGUCUGUGAGGCGUAUCCGCGACAUGCAGUGGCACCCGCACGGUUGCUACACCAUGGCCAGCAAGUGAAGGCCAGACCAGGAGAGGAAGAGGAGGGGUGGAGGAGAGGGAGAGGGACGCAAGAGGAAGGAGAGGAGAGAUGUCUGAGUGCCUGCAUCUUCCCCGUGCUGCACCGUUGUGAGGGGUUUGAAACUUUAUGGGUGACAGACUCUCUGGCUCACAUUGUGGUCUGUGUCUGUCCAGCUAUUAAAGCCCAAAGGGGCUGUGAAAUUCCCAGGCCUCAGUGUCUCUGUAUGGAGCAGAGGCACCAAUAAACAUACUUCCCUCUUUCUCCCUAAUUUCUCUCCUCUCUUUGUCUCCUGCGUUAUGGCUUCUUUCUUUUUUUCCCUUCCAUAAUAUAUUUUAUUUUUUGUCAUCCGUUUUUUUCCCCCUGCCCACAUGCCCCCCUUUCCCAGGAGGAUGUAAAGAGAGAGGGAGAGAUGAAGGAAUGAGGAGAGGGAAGCUCCUGUGCCCUAGAUAUCUCCCUUUGCCUGCUGUACAGAAUCCUGGUCACCUUUUCAAUAAAAAAGCUUGAUACCAAA